AUGGCCGGGCCAGGGUUUCGGGGCCACCCUGCUGGACUUCUCCUGCUGCUGCUGCUGCUACCCCAGGCCCUGACAGAGGGACCCCUGGUCUUUGUGGCUGUGGUGUUCCGCCAUGGCGACCGGGCCCCGCUGGCCUCCUAUCCCACUGACCCGCACAAGGAGGCUGUAUCUACCCUGUGGCCACGUGGCCUGGGCCAGCUGACCGGGGAAGGGGUCCGCCAGCAGCUGGAGCUGGGCCGCUUCCUGAGGAGUCGCUACGAGGAUUUUCUGAGCCCCGAGUACCGGCGGGAGGAGGUGUACAUUCGCAGCACAGACUUUGACCGGACCCUGGAGAGCGCUCAGGCCAACCUAGCGGGGCUGUUCCCUGAGGCCGCCCCAGGGCGCUCCGAGGCCACCUGGAGGCCGAUCCCUGUGCACACGGUGCCCGUCACUGAGGACAAGCUGCUGAGGUUCCCUAUACGCAGCCGACCUCGUGGGACCCGCCGGGCUCGGAGGUCUGUCAGGCUCACCCAGCCCAGUCCGGUGCAUCCAGGCUUCUUGGCUCACCUGGAGAACUUCACGGGGCUGUCGCUGGUCGGGGAGCCGCUCCGCAGGGCGUGGAAAGUUCUGGACACUCUUAUUUGCCAGCAAGCCCACGGUCUCCCCCUCCCGUCCUGGGCCUCCCCGGAUGUCCUGCAGACACUAGCUCAGAUCUCAGCUUUGGAUAUUGGGGCACAUGUGGGCCCACCCGGGGCAGCAGAGAAGGCUCAGCUGUCUGGGGGAAUCCUGCUGGAUGCCAUCCUUGCCAAUUUCUCUCGGGUGCAGCGCUUGGGGCUGCCCCUCAAGAUGGUUAUGUAUUCGGCUCACGACAGCACUCUCCUGGCCCUCCAGGGGGCCCUGGGUCUCUAUGACGGGCACACACCGCCUUAUGCCGCCUGCCUCGGCUUUGAGUUCCGGAGGCGCCUUGGGGACCCGGAUGACGACGCAGGGAAUGUCACCAUCUCCCUCUUCUACCGCAACGACUCCGCUGGAGUACCCUUGACCCUCAGCCUCCCCGGGUGCCCGGCGGCCUGCCCCUUAAGCCGCUUCCGCCAGCUGACUGCCCCCGCCCGGCCUCCGGCUCACGGGGUCCCCUGCCAUAGCUUCUACGAGCCCGCCACCCCCGCAGCCACCGUGGUGCCCCUGCUGGCUGGGGCUGUGGCCGUGCUGGCAGCCCUCAGCAUGGGGCUGGGCCUGCUGGCCUGCAGAGCCGGCUGCCUGCGGGCCUGGGGGGGCCCCGUGUGA